CAAGCCACGGUGGCAGAACGCGAGGGGCGGGUGGAACGCCGCGGAGCCCAGUGUUCGGUCGGUGGAACGCUGGCAGCGCCAGGGUUCUCAGCAGCGCAGCAGCCCCGCGUCUGCCAUGGUGGCGCUACACGGUCCCGCGGCCCCGCGGCUGCUCCUCAUCCCCGGCCAAGCAGCCGAGCCCCUGGGCGCCGCGGCCGGCCGGCCCCUCGCCGUGGUGCUGCCGGCGGGGGGGCCGCGCUCCCCCAGCCCGGAGCCCCAGCAGCCCGCCCGCAAGCGGCAGCGGCUCACCCACCUGAGCCCGGAGGAGAAGGCGCUGCGCAGGAAGCUGAAGAACCGCGUGGCGGCGCAGAGCGCCCGGGACAGGAAGAAGGCGCGGAUGAGCGAGCUGGAGCAGCAGGUGUUGGAGCUGGAGCAGGAGAACCAGACUCUCCUGCUAGAAAACCAGCUCCUGCGGGAGAAGACACGCGGCCUUGCAGUGCAGAACCAGGAGCUGCGCUGUCGGCUGGGGCUAGAUGCGCUGGAGACGGAGGAAGAGAGGGAGCCUAAGGUGGUUAUGGAAUCAGAGGUGGAUGAAAUCAGGAUGGUGACCGGGUCCGCUGAGCGCAGCACUCAGACUACGUGUUCCUCUGCAGCAGGUGCAGGCCCAGCAGUCACCCCUCCUGACAAUCUCCACAUGGAUUCUGGUGGCAUUGACUCUUCAGACUCUGAGUCUGAUCUGCUAUUGGGCAUUCUGGACAGCCUGGACCCAGACAUGUUCCUCCGGUAUGGUAAUUCAGAGUCAGCGUGCUUGGAAGAGCUUGAGGAAGAAAUCUGUGGAAAAGAAUCAAAUUCCUUACCAACCUCCCCCACUCCCUCUAUGGGGUCCUCAUCAGCAAAGUUGGAGGCCAUUAAUGAACUGAUCCGGUUUGACCAUGUGUACACCAAGCCCCUAAUCUUUGAGAUCCCUGCUAAAAUGGGCAGCCAAGCUGAUAUGCUAAUGAAAAUUGAGGAAGCAUCUCUCUCUCCCUCAGAAGACAAGAACCUCCCUGAGUCCCCAGUCUCAGUGAAAGAGGAACCUAUAAACAACUUUUUGCCUGAGCUGGGUAUCUCAAACCUGCUCUCAUCUGAUCACAGCCUUGAGACCUCUUGCUGUCCAUUGGAUGCAUGUAGUGAUUCUGGAUAUGAAGGAUCCCCUUCUCCCUUCAGUGAUCUGCCCUCUCCACUGAGCACAGACCAUUCUUGGGCAGAUACUUUUGCCAAUGAACUUUUUCCCCAGUUGAUCAGUGUCUGAUUUAGUCAUUAGUGUUGCAUCUCUUCUGUGGAGCAACACUGUACAAUCUAUGCAAGGUAGCAGGAACCAUCUCCCCUUUUUCUUAAGCCAGAAGUAAAGUAGAUGGCUAUUUCUUAAAGAACAUUGCUUUUUAAAGUGUUUUCACCAAACCAAGUAUUGCUAAUUUGUGCCCAUCUCAAACUCAGAAUAGAACUGGGUAGAAUGGUGCCCUUUGUACCAGUACUUUCUCUUGAAAAGGAAAUGGCUAAUCUCCCUUAUCAGAAACUAAAAGUAAUGUUACCCUCAGAAAGAAACAUGUGCUCUUCUACCUAAACUGUACCUUGCCCAAUCUGGGCAAACCCUCCAUACCUAGGAGAAAUUUACUGUGGGGGGAAGAGUUUAAGUCCUUGUCACAGCAAUAGCCUGCUUAGGCAGGGAGGCUAUGCUUCCCUCUAUGUACAGACAACUGGCUCAAUAUAAGAUUAAAAACCUCUUGUAAAUUUUACAUAACUUACUAUGUAAAUGCUUAUGAAAAUUUCUAUUGCUACUUAGUUUCAGUGAAUUGCUUUCUCCAUUUAAUAUUUAAAACUACCUGUGCAAUUAAAAAAGUGCAAUGCAAGUA